AGGCACCCGGCUGCCUGUAUUUGUUAUAAAGUUAUUUAAGUGUAUGCUACUUCUUAAUACGUAACUGUGUACCGCUGAAUUAAUUAUACUUUGAAUGGGUUGUUUCGGUAGCUCUGUUGAGUUUUGACUAGUGAUUUCACAAAUAUGGCUUCCACAUAUCUGUCUCCUGAAUCUAUUGAACCUCCUCAUCUGGAAAAACUUCUAACUCUGGACCCAUACCUAAAUGAUCAUAAGAAAGAAAUUGUGCGCAGGUACUCUUGCAUGCACAAAGUGUUGUCAGACCUGACUGCAUCUGAAGGAGACUUUGGCAAGUUCACUCAAGCUUAUAAAGAGUUUGGUCUCCUGGUGCAACCAGACAACUCUGUCACCAGUCUGGAGUGGGCUCCUGCUGCUCAACAACUCUACCUCAAAGGAGAUUUCAAUGGUUGGAAUGGUACAUCACAUCCUUUCAAGAAGCUUGACUUUGGCAAAUGGAGCAUUCAUAUCCCUGCCAAUGCUGACGGCUCCUGUCCCAUCCCUCACCUUUCCCGUGUCAAGGUUGGAGUGACGACUGCGUCCGGUGAGUGUGUAGACAGGCUCUCCCCAUGGGCAUCUUAUGUCUGCAAGCCACCAAAAGAAGAAGGCGUUGCUUAUCAACAUCAUUUCUGGAACCCUCCUAAAGAUCAGGUAUCACAGACACUGCUUCAUAUCACUACAAACAUGAUAGUUAAAGCAGGUUUGUUUAAAUUCCACUAUUAUUGUGAUCGUGUCGGCACCUACCAGGAGUUCCGCGACAACGUCCUGCCUAGGAUAGUUAAAGCAGGCUACAACACCGUGCAGAUCAUGGCUGUCAUGGAGCAUGCAUACUACGCAUCUUUCGGGUACCAGGUGACCAGCUUCUUUGCUGCCUCCAGCCGUUACGGGACUCCAGAAGAUCUGAAGUCGCUGAUAGACACGGCCCACGGGUUGGGGCUGACUGUGUUGCUGGACGUGGUGCACUCGCACGCCUCCAAGAACUCCCUGGACGGCCUGAACAUGUUCGACGGCAGCGACUCUUGCUACUUCCAUGCUGGUGGCCGCGGCAACCACGACCUCUGGGACUCCAGGCUCUUCAACUACUCUAACUGGGAGGUAUUGCGAUUCUUGCUGUCCAACCUGCGCUGGUACAUGGACGAGUAUCGCUUUGAUGGAUUCAGGUUUGACGGCGUGACGUCUAUGCUGUAUCACUCGCACGGUAUCGGCGAAGGCUUCAGUGGCGACUAUCGUGAAUACUUCGGCCUCAACGUCGAUACCGAAGCUCUCUGCUACCUCAUGCUAGCCAACUACAUGCUUCAUGAAUUCUACCCCAACGUCAUCACCAUCUCCGAGGAUGUGUCGGGAAUGCCUGCGCUUUGCCGGCCCGUUGCAGAAGGAGGCGGUGGCUUCGACUACCGCUUGGGCAUGGCUAUCCCCGACCAGUGGAUUAAGAUGCUCAAGGAGAGCACGGACGAACAGUGGGACAUGAACAAGAUCGUGCACACCCUCGAGAACAGGCGCUAUAAAGAGAAGACUAUUGCUUAUGCUGAGAGCCACGACCAGGCGCUUGUGGGGGACAAGACCAUCGCGUUCUGGCUGAUGGACAAGGAGAUGUACACGUCGAUGUCGACGAUCAGCCCGCCGUCCCUGAUCGUGGACCGCGGCAUUGCGCUGCACAAGAUGAUCAGGCUCAUCACGCACGUGCUCGGCGGGGAGGGCUACCUUAACUUCAUGGGUCAGAGACCUUACUAUAUAAUAUUAUGCUGGCUGUCAGCUGACCCUGCGUACACGAGCACCAAGCACGAGGGUGACAAGGUGAUUGUGUGUGAGCGAGCGGACGUGGUGUUCGUCUUCAACUUCCACUGGGAUAAGAGCUUCGCCGACUACAAGAUCGGCGUGCAUUACCCCGGGCAGUACCGCAUUGUGCUGGACACAGACCUGCCGGAGUACGGGGGACAAGGACGCCUCGACCAUUUGAACAUUUUUGGGUUAUAG